AUGCCGUUUCACGCUUUGGAUGGAUGGCGAGAUGGAGUGCUAUGCCUCUGGAUACCAGCCCGACAGACGGACCGACGUUGUUUUCUAGCCACUCCUCUGCCCAUCACUGAUUUCAAGAGUUCUAAGGGACGGAUUCACGAUGACAAGCUCGAAUUCGGAAAGACGCUCCUUGGAUCGCGCAAGGCGAAUGAUUGGAUGGGCUCCGGGGGUACACACAAAUCAUAUCCUUGGUUGCAGGUGACAUGGGCUAUAAGUCUCGUGCUCCCUGAUGAGAUCGAGAGAGGAUAUAUCACCUCCCAUUUAACUUACAUUCACUUCGUUCUUUUCUUCGAGUUGGAGCAGUCGCUGCUAUACGAUUACUUUGACACAUUCGUUCAAGAAGCUUCGACUCUAUGGCCCAGCCGAUUCUCUCUGGGCAAGGUCCUAUUCUUGCUGACUCGAUAUACUCCAUUCAUCGACUUGCCAGUCGGAUUGCUCGUCGUGUUCAAGGAUUGGCUUCGUCUCGGGGAUUGUGUCUUUUGUUGGCACCGCCUCUUCAGAGGCCUUAUUGGUCAUUUCCCUUCAUGCCUUACUUGGAGCAAGUCGAAAGAUCGGACUUAUUUUGGCCAUCGUCUAUUCAACAUUCCAUCGCCAUCUCCUGAAUUUACGGAUUGCAUGGCCUUUAUGGAUCCUCUCAAUGGCCACCUUGUCGGAUUCUAUAUCCUACUCGCGGGAGAAAUCUCCUUCAAUAUCGCAUUCGCCCACUUAGGUCCGGUGUUAUAUAGGGGGAUGUUUGUGAGCUGGCAGAGAAUCCUUCACGCGAUUCUAGCAAGCCGCUUGGUCUUGAAUGUGCGAAGCAGUCGUGUCAGGAACGAAUUUUCGACUUGUAGUAUGUCCGACAUUCGUUUCAAGGUUGCUGGAAAGUUUGAAGGCGCGAGUCAAGGAGGAACCGCCUUCACUGAGGACACCGUGGUAGACAUGAUGCCGCCUGUAAACCGUUGA